GAACGACAACGCCAGUGGCAGCACUGUGCGAUCGGUUAAUUUGCGUUGAACGACACGCACAUAUAGGUGUUCCGUACGCGUCUGUGAGAACUGCGUAAAUUCUACGUGUAUCCCGUAACGCAACGACCGCAACGAACGUGUCUGCGAGCUGUUUUGUCACAGAAACGAGGUAAUUGACACGCCACGCACGUUUUCAUUGCUAUGAAAAUGAAGAUUCCAAAUCCAAAUGGGUCUGGGAACGGUUACUACGGUCAGGAGAGCGGCAUCAUCCCGUACGCGGACAACACCAUCGACACGGAGCCCGAGGUGCAGGGGAUUGGCGAUGGUGAUUUCUCAGAGUACCUGUGGAUGGAGAACGAGGAGGAGUUUGACAAGCAGGUGCUCCAACAGUUGGAGGAAGAAGAGUUGAUGGAGGAGUGCUUGGAAGCGAUGCUGGAGGAGGAGAGGCAACACCAGAGGAACAUGAGCUCCACCGCAUGGUCCACAGCCACUGGCGUCUCCGAUAACAACGCCGCUGAGCUCUCGCAACAGCUCGGUGGCCUCAAAUUGCACGACGAUCUUGCUAAGCAGAGCAAGCUAAAUCCAGACGCGGCUGAAUUCGUUCCGGCAUGCAAAGCGACUGUGACGCCUGUAAGUAUAUCGUCAGAAGUCAGCGCAAAGACGUCGGAGCCGUCGUAGAGAUCCCCCACGUAUGGUUACUUGCCUCCGCUUGAGUCACGCAAAAUCGGGCUACAUGUAAAAUGGUUAAAGUCUACUAUUUCCGAUCAGGCGGUCGUGUGUAAGUGGAACGUGUUACAAGUUCAAUGACUGUGACUGUACGUACAAAGAUAAAAAAAAAGAAAAAAAAAAGAUAAAGAGCGCGAGUUGUGCGCGGGACGGUGCGUAGCUCUACGCGGGCAAUAACACACACAUAUGUAAUGUCAGUUACGUAACUGGGUGAAUUAAUAAUGCGCCAUCGAAAUUUUUAUAAAUGAAGGGCUACACAUUAGUUGCAAGAUCGCGUGUACGUUUCUUGCCGGUGUAUCGACGAAUCGUGUGCACGCACAAACAAUUCGUCAAGAGGAACCUGGCAAUUUGUAUCUCUUACUCCAGUACCAUCUAUAUACGCAGCACAGACGUUUAGUUAAAAAUAAACGUCCGCCAGUAUUUUCAAUUUGUAUAAUUUGUGUAAAUUAAAAUUGUGUAUCUAGCCUAAAGCGGGUAUACCGUACACUUUGAAACGUACAGAGCAGAACACACGGCUUUGCAAGUUCUGGAAGAGCUCGUAAAUUUAUAAGGUGUGUAUGUGAAGAAGCAACUGACACAUACACGCGCACACUCACAUACACACACACACACAUACACACAUUAUUCUGUAAAUUAUGUUCAUAGCUUGUGUAUAUGUCUUGAUCAGAUCUUAUCAUCCUGAGAAAUAUGUAAAUCUUUUUACCUGUUACGAUAUGCACUGCUCGUCGAGCUGUAAAACUGUUUACGGCUUGAGAAAAGGUUCUACAGCUCGGUGGCCAUCUGCCCAAUGAAACUUCCCCUUAAGAGUUCCUUUUGUAAUACUUAUAAAUGGUGAGAGAAGUUUGCAGACUCGCCAGCAGGACAUGUAAUAAUAAUAAUACCAUGAGACGCGAAAGUUCGCAAGAAUCAUGCAUGUAUCGGAGACACAUCACGUCAUUUCGCCUUGCAACAUAUAAAUUGGCAGGUAAUUUGGAGGAAAUCGGAAUUUUUAUUUGUACAAAAAUGAUGUAGAUCGUAUCGUUGAAAAUUUGCAUACAUAUAUAUAUAUAUAUAUAUUGUGUGUGUAAUAUAACCGAGAGAUACCGUUAUCGAGUCCUGCUUCAGCAUUCACCCAACAAACUUAAAGAUCUCAAGUGAAAGUCUUACUUAGGCUGUGAGGGACUCUUUUUACGACUCUUAGUGACACGAAAUCGGGACGUUGCUUACUUAUUUUUGAAAAUCAAUUUCCAUGGAGAACACUUCGAAAUUUAGAAGAGUCUAGGUCGUAGAUUGUAAUCUCGGUGAAAAUAGAGUAAUGGUGAAUGUACUUUAAAUUAACUUGAAUAGCAAGAAGAUUGAUUUGUCUUUUGCUAUAGCAUAAUAUAUUUAUACAUAUAUUGAUUGUAUAUGAAAAUGGAUAUCACGUAUAUUUGUACAAUAUUAAAUUACUUUCUAUUACGUAUUUUCUUUUAAACGAUCCUUUUUGUUGUGUCUUUAAUAUAAAUCAUUUCGCAGUCUUAUAUAUAUAUUGUCUCGCGAUUUUUAUUUAACUCUUGCAAAGAGUUGUAUCAUAAUUUGUAAAUUUAAAAUCAAACUUUUUGCAAUCCAAGAUCAUGAUAGCGAUUCGUGCUUACUUACGGUGAUAUCUGCCAUUUUUUCUAAUAAUUACACGCGAGUAAGUGUACGAAUUUUAAUAAGAUCUAUACAUUGAGAUAUCUAUAUAUUGUUAUACGUUCGCAUUCUAUAUAUUUUGUAUGUGGCAAAUGCGCACAUUAUUUUUUAGUCAGAAAUCUGGUUUAGCAUGAACAUAGAAGCUGUGAUUGUCAAGACAAACAUUACUAAGUUUACUAAAUGUUACGUAUAAGACAUCACGUUUUAAUCUCUUUAAAACAUUCUAUGAAAUUUCUUCUCCUCCUGUUCAAAAUAUCUUUUAUUUUUUACGAUAUUAAUUGCAUAAUACACACUCAAUCAUAAAUUUAACCUUCGGCGGAGUAAAACUGAAGGAAAAACAGCAAACGCGUCUCGCAACUUUGGAAAUAAUUGGAUACUUUAUAAUUCUCUGUGUUAUAAGUUUAAUAAAAUGAAGCAACAUAAUAACAUAUAAGAGCAAUUACAAAUUUAUGAUACUCUAGAAAAAUCAAAUCAAUGCAAAUCUAAACAGAGACUGAUUUCACGUCCAUUUUUACGUCAGCUUUAAUAUCGGGACUAGACUUCAUAUUUUAAUUAAUACUUGAUAAUUGCUAAUUUAGAUUCUAUAGAUUUAGUGUAAAGAUUCAUUUGCAAUAGUAUCUUAUGCCGCAUAAUACAGAAUUGAUAUUCUGAUAUUGAUAAUAACGCUGAUCAUAGAGCUAUACUUCUUAAGAAUAUACUAAUUAAAAAAAUUUAGUUUGUGUUAUCAUGCUAUAUAUCUUAUAGUUUCGUUUGCUAAAAUUUCUGAUAUGAAUUAUAUAAUAUCUGACCAUAAAAUUAAAAAAAAAAAUAUAGGUAUAAAUACGAUUAAUUUGCAGAUUAUAGAAAUAUGGCAAUCGUUGCGUGUGGAAAAAAAAUAUAUGUCAUAAGUGUACACAUGUAUAUCUCUCUUUCAUCAUUGUUCAAAUUGUACACAAAUUUGACUUUGUCUUAAUAUCUUUAGGUACCAAGACUUACAUUAUGUAUGACACUAGAAAUUAUACAUCACACAACAGACUUAUGAACUGAGAUUUGUAAUACUUAUAUAAAUGUUGUAUAAUUUACUCACAUAAUUUCUUAUGCUUCUUCAUUUUCAGUUUUCCGACGAUUAUUGCAACUUUAUUUUUUAAUCAAUUUGCAUAUAUUGAUAUCUCUAUUCAACGUAUAAACUUUAAGAUUAUUAGGUUACUCUAGAUUUAAGAAAUGUGCAGCUGUAAUCUUCUCGUACAAUACAAUAUGAAGCAGUACUAUCAUAAACAAUAGUCAUACAACGUAAAUGAUCGUGAUAACUGAUUAUACGUAUCUACACAGUAACCAAUGCAAACCAUUGUAUCUCGAAUUUACCAUGAGGAAGCUCGACCAAUUGCGUGUUUACGAACAUAACUGUAUCUUCUUAGCAUUAUGUUAUUAAUCAAAAGGAAAAAAAAAAGUACAAAAGAGAAAUGACACAUAAAAAGAUGAUUUUCACAUUAAGUCAUGUUUUCGGAAAACUGACGACCGUCGUCCUCCGUUAUUACGCAUUAUUCACCACGUUACACACUUUGUGCAAUGCAAGAGACAGAUUGGAUUGUAAAAUAAUUAAUAUAUAUUAUGUAUUGAUAGGUGAUAUUACUUUUAUACAUUAUUUUAAUUUAUAAUGUAUUUCGUAACUUCCAGAAAAUCUUUGCAUUUGUGGUUUCCUCUUUCGUGCCUGCUCCUUAUUUUUUUCUGUAACGUGUAGCAUAAAGCGAAAUAUAGAUACAUGUAUCAAACUGUA